AUGCUGCUGCUUCUUUUGACAUAUGCCCUUCCAGCUGUCCUGUUCUUCUACCUCCUUAAGAAUUAUUUGGCACUCUCCUCAGUACCUGGCCCUUUCAUCGCUCGCUUCACCAACAUCUACCGUGCGCUCCUCGUAUACAACGGGUCCGCCCACGAAGUCCAUCUCAACCUGCACAAACAGUAUGGAAACCUCGUGCGCCUUGGCCCGGAAUGUGUCUCCGUCACCGGUUCGGCGGACUACGUGUCACAAAUUUAUGGCAUCGGUAAAGGGUUGGUCAAGUCCGACUUUUACAGCUGUUUCCAGAACAUCGUCAAUGGCAGGAGAGCGGCAAGCCUCGUGGCCAUGACGGACGAGACCCAACACGCGAAGUCGAAGCGGCUGAUUGCGCAUGCAUAUUCUUUGAGCACUCUGGUGGAGUACGAGGAACUAGUAGAUCGGACAACGGAUGUGUUUCUGAAGACGCUGGAGGAACGGUUUGCUACUGGCGUCAAGGAGUUGGAUCUAGGCCGGUACCUGCAGUUCUUCGCCUUUGAUAUCAUCGGCGAGCUUACCUUUAGCCGGCGGUUGGGAUUCAUUGAGCAGGGAAUCGACAUCAACAACAUUAUCGAAGCGAUUGGAGCGAAUUUCAAUUACUUCAGUGUCCUCGGCCAGAUACCGUGGCUGGAUGAGGCAUUUCUAGGCAAGAAUCCACUCUACGUCAAGUACUUCCGCAAGAGUGUCAGCUCGCCGAUCCUGCUAUUUGCUCAACGCUUGUUGAAGGAGCGGUUGCGUGAUCUGGACGAGGCUGGCGUGGACGAAAAACAGAACAAGCUGGACAGGCCCGAUUUCUUGAGCCGGUUUCUGAAGAUAAGGAAAGCCGAAGCCGGAGAAGAGACACUGACGGAUGCACAGAUUCUGUCUAAUCUAUUCAUGAACAUUAAUGCAGGAAGCGACACGAUAGCCUCGACCCUGCGAGCAGUAUUUUAUCACCUUCUGAAGAAUCCCGGGUCCCUCUCUCAGCUUCAGAACGAGCUCGACUCGGCUGUGGCAGAAGGCCGCAUCUUCAGCCCGUCCCCGACCUGGAACGAGUCUCAACAGAAUCUCCCUUAUCUCUGUGCCGUCAUCAAGGAAGGGUUGAGGAUGAAUCCAGCCCUGUCUCUGCCACUUGAACGCGUCGUCCCAAGGGAAGGUCUCAGUCUCCAACAUGCCGACGGGACAAGGACGUUCCUUCCUCAGGGCACAAUUGUGGGUAUUAAUCCGUGGGUCCUCCACCGCAGUGCUCACGUCUUUGGCCACGACGCGGAAUCGUGGAAUCCAACUCGCUGGCUGAGCGCGAAGGAAAAGGAGACCAAGCAUAUGGAGCACAGUAUGCUCUCCUUCGGAGCAGGGAAAAGAUCGUGCUUAGGAAAGAACAUCGCCUUGUUGGAACUGCACAAGAUAGUCCCCGCACUGCUCUUGAAGUUCCGGAUUGAGCUCGCUGAUCCGAGCAGGGAAUGGAAGGUCAGUAAUGCUUGGGUGCUAAAUCAGACCGGCUUGAAUGUGCGGCUGGCAUUGCGGUGA